UGGAGCGUAAACUGCAUGUCACCGAAGAGUCUGCGAGUGUUGCACUCAAAGUGCGCACAAAAACAGAACUGUUCCGUGCUCGCGUCAACGAGCAUGUUCGGUGAUCCGUGCCCCGGGACACACAAGUACCUGGAGGCGCACUAUCAGUGCGUAUCGGCGGCACAAUCCUCGACGACGACGAACCGGCCAAGUCCACCGUGGCUCAAGACGUCACAACCGAUCGUUUGGAGCACGUCAACUGUCCGCAGUCCGGUGCUGAGUCGGCUCAAUCUCACCACGGAUUUGGGUGGAGAUGGUCAGGUGAUAGCGGCGGCGGCUGUUACACCGGCUCUUGCUACACCACCUGCGACAGUUCGAACACCUGGUGGAGGUGCAAAGACGAGUCAACCACCGACGACGUUCCGCAACAAGGGCUUCGAGAAUAAGAGCGUCAACGAUGACUUGGCGAUCAUCAAGACGAUCACGGAUCGCAAGAAGGGUGGAUCGGGCCCAGUUGAUGUGGCUGGCGGUGGAUUUAGGACACCCAUUGGUGGCGUGGAUCCUGCCGCAGGUCCUAUCGGUGGUGGUCCCAGAGACGAAGAUGAUGACGAUGGUGCGGAUCUGUUUCCCACCCAGACGGCAGUAUUAUCUGGAGCUGCAGCACCGCCGGGUGUUGCCGUCCGGAAAGAGCCCACCGGUGCUAGUGUCAACGGUGGCGGCAUGGACGGCCAUGGUCCUGGCGGAAGUUCGACAAUCGACGUAAGCCACGCAUGUGGCCCAAACACGGCACGAAACCUCUUCUGGAACGUGACACGUGUCGGUGAGGUAAACGUGCAACCAUGCCCGGGUGGUGCGACCGGAAUCGCCAAGUGGCGUUGUGUUGCAAUCGCCUCUCUAACUCCCGAACAACGGCUCCAUCUGCAGCAGGAACAUCAACAGAUGCUGCAGAUUCAGGGCACUCAGCAGCAACAUCCAGCGGGCGUCACUGGGACGGCCACAGACGAUGGUAGCAGUGGUAGCAAAGGUGAUAGUAGUUUUAGUAGCAACAGCGUUGCGCCUAGCGAUAAGCAAUCGAUGGCCGGUUCGGGAGCUGCCACAUGGUACGCGUACCGGCCGGAUCUAACGCAGUGCCGCAGCCUGUGGCUGAACAACCUCGAGGUGCGCGUACAGCAACCAGAAUCAUCGCUCAUCUCGAUCGCGAACGAUCUAGCGCAGGUGACGAGCAGCAAAACGCUGUACGGUGGAGAUAUGCUCGUCGCGACCAAGAUCAUCCAGACGAUGUCGCAGAAGAUGCACUAUGACAUCGAGACGAUACCGGACCAGCGACAGCGUGAGGCGCUUGUGUUCGAGCUGCUGAACAGCGUGGUCAAAACGGGCAGCAACUUGCUCGAUCAAUCGCAACACGCUAGCUGGUUGGAUCUGAGCGUCGAGGAUCAGAUGCGUGUGGCGACCUCACUGCUGACUGGGCUCGAGGAUAACGCGUUCCUGCUUGCUGACACGAUCCUGCGCGAGAAACACGUGGUGCAGAAGGUGAAGAAUAUCCUGCUGUCGAUACGCGUGCUCGAGACGCGCAACUUCGCCAAAAGCACCGAACUGUUCCCAGACUCAUCGACCGAACGGUGGCAAGUCAGCAGCGACCAGAUCGAGCUACCAAAGGCGGCCCUUAUCGAGAACAGUGAGGGUGGUCUCGUGCGCAUCGUGUUCGUUGCAUUCGACCGGCUCGAGCAGAUCCUGCGUCCACAGUUUAGCAACGUUCAGCAACAACAUUCAGCUGGAGCAACCGGUUCCGGUGGGCAACCGUCGUCUUCUUCGGUGCGUGCGGAAGCGAGUCAUCAGCAGCAACACCAACAGCAGCAAUAUCGCCAUCUAGAUACCGAAGGUAUCGCGUCAGCGAAUGUUGCUGGAUUGGGUGGUGACACGGACCGUCUAGCCGGAAUUGACGCUGGUGGUGUCGGUUCUUCAGUGACAGGAACGCGCACCGAUUCAGGUGGCCUAUCGGAUUCAGCUGCUCCUGAGACACCACGGUUGCGGUUGCUAAACAGCAAAGUCAUCUCGGCCAGCCUGGGAAAGGGCCGACAUAUUCAGCUGUCCCAGCCAAUCCGCAUGAUUCUGCGCCAUCUACGCACCAAGAACGUGUCGAAUCCGACGUGCGUGUUCUGGAACUACAUCGAUCACGCGUGGUCGGAAGAUGGCUGCCAUGUGGAGCACACCAACAGCACACAUACCGUGUGUAUGUGCAAUCAUCUGACAAACUUCGCGCUGCUAGUGGACGCCGUAGACGAUGAGACGCAACUUUCACUGCUGUCCACACUCGAUGACGGCCUGCUGCUGUACAUCGGCAUCGCGAUCCUGGUCGUCGUGGUCGUGAUUGUCCUGUUCGCUCGCAAGCUCUGUCACGGUGCAGUCCUUGCGAAACUGCGCAAUGGUGGUCCUGAUCCUGGGAUGCGUACGGCUGGAACGAUCGAUCGUGAACCAGCCGGUCUGUCGAUUUCGGGCCCACAUGGUACGGUUGCAGGACGACUCCAUCAUCACCACGGUGGCAACAAUGCGGGUGUUGAUCUGCAUCAUCCGACGAUCCCAACAGGCAACAACCAUCAUCAUCAUCACCUGGUGCAUCAUCAUCUACCACCACCGGUAGGUGGCGCUCAUCAUCUACUCGUCGCGGACGACUUUCUGCACCAGCAGCAACAGCAGCAGCAGCAGCAGCAUCAACAGCAAUCGCAACACCCGGUCAACAACCUACACAACCACCACGUGAACAACCUCGGCAACAACCAUCUCGUGACGACGACCUUCAACAACCUAAACGGAGGCGGCGGGCUUGUGACCGGUGGCAACUGUUCACCAUCGCCCCCGGGCGGAUACGAUCAUCACCAUCCGGCGCAUCAUCUCGCCCGGCUGAACAACAAUCCAAUCAUCACGCACAACAACAACAGCAGCAGCAUCACCAGCAGCAGCACCACCACCAGCAGCAGCAACAGCAGCAGCACCAGCAGCACCAACAACCUGCACCAUCAGCCGCCCCAUCAUCUGCAGCAGUCCUCCUUCAGCAGCAACAGCACCACCACCGCCGCCACCACCACCACCGCCGGCACCACCAACCGCAAGCUGCCGCAACCGCCGCUGGCAACACCAUCCUCCUACAAGGGCUCGGCGGCGAUGGCAGCGGCUCACCACUUGCAUCACCAUCAGCAUCAUCUCUAA